AUGAUCCCUGUUGUUGCCUCUAAUGGCAACCAUUCUCCAAAAUUGAAUAAUAUAGGUCAAUCAUAUCAUCAUCAUCAUCAUCAUCAUACAACAAAUAAUAUUGGAGGAGGAGUAUUAUAUCUUUGGGGAGAAAAGUAUACAACCAAACCAUCAUUUUGUUCAUCGAUUCCCAAUAUUCAAUCUAUUCAUUGUGGUUUUAAUCACACACUUGUUCUUACUGAACAAGGUCAAGUAUAUUCAUUUGGUGACAAUAGAAAUCAACAACUUGGUCUAUCCAAUGAAUCUAUUCUUGAACAAUUCAAUCAAAAUGCAAUAUCAUCAUCAUCUUGUGGUGCAUCAUCAUCCCCUUCAUCACUAUCAAGUCUAUCACUAUCCUCUUCUACUUCAUUUAGAUCAUCGAUGAAUCUAAGAAACUCAAAUACCAAUUCAUCGUCUCCAUUUGCUCAUUCUUCCAUUCCACUAUUGAUCAGUGGUGUAUUUAAUGGUCUAAAGGUUAAAAUGGUUGCUUCAGGUGGUUGUUUUUCAGCUGCUGUAUUGGAAAAUGGUUUACUCUAUACUUGGGGAACAUUAGAUGAUAUUGGUAAAUCAACAACUAUUCUACCAACCAAAGUAGAUUUAAUUAAAGGAGUUACAAGUGUAUCUGUUGGACUUAAUCAUAUAGCAGUGGUAGCAGAGAGUAAUACACCUACUGAAAAGAGAGCAGUUUAUACUUGGGGUAGCAACAAGAGAGGUCAACUUGGUGUUUUGGGUGAUUCUAUUACCAAUGCACCAAGAAAGGUUACGCUGGGUGCAAAGGCACUGUCAGUGUGUUGUGGUGAAGAAUUUACUGCUGCCAUUGUCGAAGGAAAUGAAGUAUUUGUAUGGGGAAACAACAAAGGCAGACAAAUCUGUCCAAACAACACUGAUGAAACCAUUUCAAUUCCAGUCAAACCAUUCCUUGGUCGUGACAUUGUCGAGUUGUCAUGCUCGCGAAACUACAUUGUCGCAAGAACAGGUGCAGGUAAUCUCUAUUGUUGGGGCAACAAUGAGAGUGUCUGUCGAAUUGCAGACUCUUCUACAAUGGUACAGUUUCCACAAAAAAUCAAACAAAUAUCGGCAGGUGUAUCACAUGUAUUGGCACUCUCUGAAAAGGGUGAAGUAUAUACAUGGGGACAAGGUGAAGAUGGACAAUUGGGUGGAGGCGAUGUUCACAAGAAGAGUAUGACCACCAACUUUAAGAAAAUAUCUCAUCUCGAAAAUCGUCAGGUGCUCUAUGUGGUGGCUUGGGGAAGAUGUAGUGGUGCAGUUGUCGAACCUGGCAACUCUAGAGUAGAAGUAGCCGAAACAAUGAGAAGAGCAGAGAACAACAAGUCAAUAGCACCACUCUACGUACGACGAUUGACACACUUUAUUAGAGGUGACUCGAGCAAGUUGGAGGGUAUUUUUAGACUUUCUGGCUCCAAGGCCAGAGUCGACGAAUUAGAGAGACGUCUUGAAAGCAAUGAAGAAUUUUCAAUGUCAAAGUACGAGGCAUUUGAUGCUGCCGAUGUACUCAAACGUUAUUUCAAGAACCUACCAGAACCACUUCUCGUUCAAAGUCUUUGUAAUCAAUACGAAAAAGAUAUUCUCAAUUGCAGCGAUCUCAAUCUACAAAAGCGUUUGGUCAUGGAGUGGAUAUCUCAACUACCUCGGGAAAAUAGAGAGUUGCUCAUCUAUCUAUUGUCAUUUUUGGAUGAAAUCGUUCACACUCAACUCGAACACCAAAAAGCAAAUGCAAUGGCUUCAAAGAAUUUAGCACUUGUCUUUGCACCAAACCUAUUGACCAAGGGUGAAAUUGGAAACGAUGAAAUCAUUGAAAUAAUGAUCAACAUGUUUAAUGAAAUCAUUGGUGCACAUUCAUCACUAGAGACUAGUAUCAUCAUUGAUCAUAUUCAAGAUGGUAUUAAAGGUGCAAGAAAGAUACCAUACACUAUCGAUCUUUGGAAGCGUUGUAAAAAUACACGUGAAUCUGCAACCAAAGCUUUCCUAGAGCCACAAGUAUUGAUUGAAAUUGUCGAUCAAAUUGUUUUAGAUUUAACUUUGGCCUCUAAUAUGCAAUCACCUCUUUCGCUAAGCAAUAACAUUAUAAAUAGUAAUAGUAAAUCAACUUCAUCACUUCUCAAUACAGUAUCACCAUUACAAUCACCAAAACACAGAUCCACCUCUAUUAGUAUUGUAAAUCCAACCAAUAACAACGGCGCUACCAACAACAAUGCCUUUAACAAAAAUAUUGUCAAUCCAAUCUUUUUUGGAUCUCUAUCUAGUCCAACAUUAUCUAGUAGUAUAAGUAAUCUCCCUUUACCAGGAGCUCUAUCUUCUUCCUCCUCUUCUAUUCCUCCCAAUAGUACUUUGGCAGAAUAUAGAGAUGUACUUUUAUUAUUCCUUUCACCAAUCCUUCAACCAACCAACAUUCUCAAGGUUUUGCCUUCAAUGUCACAAAUUCAAGAUGUAAAUAAUUUAUUCAUUCAACUAUUGUUGUUAAACAAACUUGUAAAAACAUUAAACUAUGAUAUCUAUCAAAAAGUUUUAAAUGAAAUCAAUAAUAUUAAAACAAUAGAUUCAACAACUACUUUUCAAGAUUCAAUCAUUGAAACUUGUAAUUCAUUUAUUCAUUUGACUUCUGAAAUAUUAUUAAUUGAAACAAAUCAAAAUAUUUGGAAAGGUAUAACAAAUAAUUCAAAGAUUUAUUUAUCAAAUAUAAUGGAAUAUUUUAAUUGGUGGAAUAAUUAUUUACAAAAAUCAAUGAGUGAUUUGGAGGAUAAGAUACUUAGAUCAAAGAAAGAUUUUGACAAGGUUGAAAACGAAAAGAUGAAAAAUGAAAAGUUGUUGGCUACAAAUAGUAAAGCUCAAUCCUCUUUUACAACUACACAAACAACAACAACGACAACAACAAUCAAUGUAGAUGAAUUAAAGAAUGAAUUUGAAAGAUGGACAUUGAUGAACCAAUCCAAAACGAUUGCAGAAAAGACUGAAAACUUUAAAAUACAAAUGGAAAAAUUGGAAUGGGAAAAACAAGUUUUACAAUUGGAAUGCAACAAGUUUAAACCACAUUUCAACUCUGUCAAGGAUUUUGUUGAUAGCAGUAUAAAGUCAUUCGAUCAAUAUCUAGACCACCUUGAACAACAAAAACAACAGUGUCAAUUAACCUUUUCACAAUAUUGUGGAUCAUUCUUUGAUACUAUAUUUAAAUUCCAAAAUGAUCAACCCGAUAAUAUUUCAAACAAACUCUCUGAAACUAUUCACGCUCUUUCUCGAGAAUGGAAUUCUCAUCCACACCAUUUAGUUUCUUUGGAAAUUGAAACUAAAUUAAAUUCAAUUAAAAAACAAUUAAAAUAA